AAGAGUCCUUAUUGACACUGGAGAGCCGGGUAUGCCUGAAUAUAUCGACUGUUUAAAGCAGGCACUGUCAGACUUCAACAUCUCAAUUCAAGAAAUUUUAGUGACACACUGGCAUCGUGAUCAUUCUGGUGGAAUACCUGACAUCUGCAAAGACAUCCCUAAUGACUCUGAGUAUCGCAUUUGUAAGCUUCCUCGUGUCCCUCACCGUGAAGAAAUAAUAGAAGGAGGACAUAAAUAUUUUUAUCUUAAAGAGGGAGAUGUGAUACAGACAGAGGGAGCCACACUCAGAGUUUUAUAUACGCCUGGACACACUGAUGAUCAUAUGGCUUUACAUCUAGAAGAAGAAAAUGCUUUAUUUUCCGGUGACUGUAUUUUAGGGGAAGGAACAACAGUAAUUGAAGACCUGUCUUAUUAUAUGAAGACUUUGAGAAGGUUGUUACAAAUGAAACUACAGUUAAUAUAUCCAGGUCAUGGCCCAGUAGUACGUGAUGCAAAUGCUAGAAUCCAAGGCUACAUUUCUCACCGAAUUGCACGGGAACAGCAAAUUCUAAAUGUUUUGCAGAAGAAUGCUGGAAAAUCAUACACAUCCUCGGAGCUUGUAAAGAUAGUAUACGAGGAGAUCCCUGAAAAUUUACUUGGAGCAGCAGAAAGUAACCUCGUAGUCCACUUGAAGAAGUUGGAAAAAGAAGGAAAAGUGUUAUGUGAGGAGUCUCCCAACCUCAGAUGGAGAAGCAAUUUAUAA